AUGGAUGUUCAAGUUCCACCUCCACCACCACCUCCUCCGCCAUCAUUUCUUACUGAAACGACAACUUCGCAAUUAACAGUACCACCACCAUCACUCCCUCCUCCAGAAUCAGUCAUUACAACAACAACAACAACCACAACCGUAGCUGCUUCUUCUGUUCAAGAUCGUAUUUGGUUACAUCCAUGGACGGUAACUGAAAUGCGUGAACACGCAUCACAAUGGUCAUUGGCUGGUGAUGCUGGUUUAUUACUUUAUUUGGAACAAUUUUCUGGUAAAUUAGCUCAACGGGCUGAUGCUAUUCAACAACAUUUAAAUCAAACAGUUAAUGCUGUUAAAAGUACACAUACACGUGUUCAAAAUUGUCUUAAUGAAUUUACAUCAUUAGCUAAUACACAAUUUAUUGAAAAUCGUGUUUAUGAUGAAGAUGAAACAGUUAAUGCAAAAACAUCAAAAAAAGAUGAACAAUCUACAGAAAAAACUAAUGUUAGUAAUAGUGAAGCACAAGAAAAAGUUUUACAACGUUAUGUUGAAGCAAUUCAAUAUGGUUUAACUAUUCUUGAUACACAUUUUGAACGUGUUGAUGCUAAAUUAGAUAAUAUUCAAAAUGGUAUAUCAUCAAUUGAUGAUGAUGAAGAUGUUGGAGUACCAAUUGAACCUAUACUUGAACCAAAAGAUCCUUAUAUAUUUCGACCAUUACCAUAUCUUAUUGGUACAACUGAAUUUAUGCAAGAUGAUUUUGUUGGUUUAGCUGAUUUAUUAAAUAUACAUGAUGAAGAUACAUAUGAUGUUGAACAAAUUGAAAAAAUUGAGUCAGAUUCAGCAUUAUCAAGUUCUGAUCAAGAAGAUGAAGAUUUUCAAGUCCAAGUAUCAUCAGUACCAAUUGUUCCAGCUGGUGCUAGUCGUCCAGAUAUAGCAAACCGAUCAGCAACAACUGUAUUAACAGAUAGUGAAGAUGAAAAUGAUCUAUUUGGUAUGAAUACUGGUCCGAAAUUUGAUGAUUUUUCAUCAAAAAAACCAGUGUAUAAUGAUAUAUCUGAGGAACCUACAAAAUCUAAAAAAGUAGAUUCUUUUCACGAAUUAGAUAAUGAAGACGAUAUUAUGUUUGGUAUUCCAGUUAAGAAACCUCAACCUAUUAUUGAAACUAAUAAUAAUAAUAAUAAUGAGAAUUUUGAUAAUGAAUCAUUAACAUCAAAAGAAUCGAAUGAACCUGAAGAACAACAAAAACAUAUAGGUGGUAUAUCAAUGUUCGGUAGUGCACAAAAAGGAAUGUCUGAACUUGAAAAAGCUGUUUUACGACGACGAAAAGCUAUGGGUGAACCUGAUGUAUCAUCAAUUGAUGAAGAUGAUGAAAUAAAAAAACCGAAAAAAACAUCAAAUGAAACUAUUUCACCAAUUGUUACUAAAAUACCAACAGAACGAUCAUCUAGUACAAUUUCAAAUCUUACUUCACAACCAUUAACAAAACCAACAACAACAACAACAACUGAAAAGAUUUCUAAAUCAUCGAUAUUUGGUGAAAAUAUUCCAGCUGAUGAUGAGGAUGAGGAUGAAAUUUUUUCAGAUGUACCAAAAUUAAAACCAUUGUCGAGUAUCGUACCAUCAUCAUCAUCAAAAACUAUAGUUGAUACAAAAUCAUCAAUAAUAAUUCCAUCGAAAAAAGAAAAAGAUAUAUUUGAUAAUGAUACUGAUGAAGAUGAUGAUCCAUUUACAAUAAAAAAGAAAGAUACUUCAUCAUCAUUGUCAAUAAAAAAGAAUGAUACAAAUUCAAAAAUUCAAUCACAAACAAUAACUAAACCUAAACCAGUUAUUCCUCCAGUUGAAAGUGAUGACGAUGACCUUUUUGGUACAAAAAAAACACAACCAAAACCAAUUCCAACAAUAUCAAAAACUAGUACUAUUGAAAAAACUAAAUCACCUAGUUCUGACGACGAUCUUUUCAACACAUCGACAAUCACUAAAACACAACCACCACCAACAAAAAUAUCUGAAGAUGAAGAUUCUUUAUUUGCUCGUAAACCCCCAGUACAACAACCAAUUGCACCUAUUGUUCCUGCUUCUGCUCCUGUUUCUACCCCAUCAAUUAAAAAGUUAGCCAUCGUAACUGAUGAAGAUAGCGAUGAUGAAAUCUUUGGUAUAUCUAAAACAAAACCAAAAGUACCAACAACUGAAAAACAAAACAUUGUUUCAUCUACUAAACCUGAUGAUAACAAUAAUUUACUUGGUAAAUCAACAACUACAUCUAAAGUAGUGACAGCAGAAACUCCAAAAGUUAUUCCAUCUAUGAAAUCUAAUGAUGAUGAUGAAUUAUUUGGUGCAUCAAAAACUAAACCAAAAAUACCCACAACCGAAGUACAAAAAGUUUCCUCACCUAUUAAAACUGAUGAUGAUGAAGAUGAUUUAUUCGGUAAAUUAACAAUUAAACCUAAACUAUCAACAAAAGACACUCAAAAAGUUAUUCCACCUACAAAAUCUAAUGACAAUGAUAAAUCAUUAACUAAACCAAAAAUCGCAGUUACAAAAGACGAUGAUGAGGAUGACGAAUUAUUUUCUUCUCCAAAACCAAGUCAAGUUAAAUCUCCUGCAGCUACUGUUUCAUCUCCUUUACCUUCAACAACAACAACAACAACUGUUAAAACCGAUACUUAUGAAGAUCCUUUAACAGGAAUUCGAAAACCUAUUGAAACUACAUCCCAACCACCAAUAAAAACUCCAAUUGUUCAACCAGUAAAGAAAUCUAUUUCAGAUAGUGAUGAAGAUGAAUUAUUUCCUAAACGACAAUUAAAUACAGCAGCAUUAAAAGAAGGUGAAAAACCAAAUGUUAAAGCACUUUCAUCACUUUUAAAUAUUAAUCCAAAUGCUCAUCGACCAGGUGUACGUCCGAAAACACAUUCAUUUAUUGAAGAACAAUCUAAACCUUCUGUUGUUAAUGAUGAUCAACCGAGUCAAACUAUUGAACCUUCACAAACAGUUGUGAAAAAAUUAUCAAAACUUGAUUCGGAUAGUGAUGAUGAUUUAUUUAGUAAUAAGAAAAAAGAAAAAGCAACUGUUUCGAAUACAGAACAAAAAGAUAAAACUAAUGUUGAAGAUGAAAAAGUUAAUGUUAAAGCACUUUCGUCACGUAUUAAAAUAAAUCCAAUGACGCAUAUGCCAGGUACUCAACCGAAACCAAUCUCUAAUGAAGAAAAUGGAUCAAAUAAUGUAUUACAAACAACUUCAACGGAAACAUCUAAAGAAGAACCAAUAGUUGAUAAAACUAUGUUGAAUAUUCUUAAAGAUCGAGCUAAAGUAUCAGUUAAAACUCGAGCGCCACCAACAAGAAAACCUCGUUCAACUGGAGCUACAACAGCUGCAAUGGCAAAUGCUGAUGAGGAUGAUCUCUUUGCUUUGCCUAGCUCGAAUAAAACGGCUACAUCAUCUUCUUCGACUACUAGUCCAGUAAUUCCUUCUCAAUCUGAUAUUCCUCCACCAGUAUCUAUAACAGGUUUGCCAGAUAACACUGCUGCUAUUGCUGCUAUAUCUGAUAAACAAACUAAUUCAAAAGAAAAGAAAACAUUUUCACUUUUUGAUUCUGAUGAUUCUGAUAUUGAUGAAUUGUUAUUUGGUUUUAGUAAAAAAAAUAAAUCUUCUAUAACAUCAAAACCAACUACAACACCAUCAACAACUACAAAAUCAAAUAUUUUAUCAUUAGAUGAUGAUGAUGAUAAUGAUUUUCUAUCAAAACGACCAAUAAAAAAGAGUACAAAACCAAUUGAUGAUGAUGAUAUAUUUGCUGAUGUUAAAAUUAAAUCCCAACAAACAAAUAAAGCUAAAAAAGAUUGGUCAAUUAUGAAUAAAACAGUAACAGAUGAUACAGAUGAUAUUUUUAAUGAUGGAUCAACAAAAUCUUCCACUACCUCAAAAUCAAAAUCAACAAAUGUUAAAAAUAAAUCAAUCAAGGAUUUGGAUGAUAUUUUUGAUGAUCCAUUCAAUGUUUCGUCCAAACGAUGA